AUGGCGAAUAUAAAUCAGAUGCCAGUUGAGAUAUUGGAGAUGAUAUUCGAUCAGUUAGAUUAUCGAUCACGACGUAACACGACCCUGGUUUGUCGGCGUUGGAACGCGAUCUCUCUAUCAGAGCGGUUUAUUUCUCGCAACGUGACCCUGGUGAUCGAUGGAAAUCGUAUGCUUUCACUCCACAAGCGUGCUUUUCACCGAUGCUAUUCGAAUGUGUCGCUGCAGCUGGAUAACGCUGACAGUAAUGACCCUUUGAAAGGACUAAGGCUGCUUCCAACGAUAACUCCAUCGACGUCGAGCAUUCGGCUACACCUCGCCAAUGCAUUCGAUCAACGCUGGAUCGCCAUAUGUGAGGCACAAUUCAUUAACCUUCGCGCUGUGACCACAUUCCAUUUGAUAGGCAACUGUGGACUGGACCACCACCGAAGACCGAUAGUAUUGUACAUGGAUCAGUUACGAGCGCUGAAACUGGAAUCAAACGGUGUCGAAAAUCUCCGACUCACUGCGCCAAACCUUUCGCAGCUAUACCUACACGUGCGGAAAGAAGAGCACCUAGACUUUUUGCUGCAAUUCAUUCACCAAUUACAUUCCUUAUCUGUGGUUUUCGCAUCGAAAGAAAGCUAUUAUUUCUACAACGUCAAGCUGAGUAAUUUACGCCAGCUCUCGAUCGAUCGUCGUGAGAAAGGAAUGACGAAAAGCGAACAGAACGUUAGUAUAGCAUUCUUCAGGCGGCUUGAGCACUUGGAGUGUCUCGAGCUGAGAGUGAAAUUCAUCGAUAGCUACGUUCUGCACACUAUUGCUAAUAAGUUGACCCAGCUGGUCGAACUGUCGCUGGAAGUGACCGAGGGCACGAUCGAACUGUUGCACAUCGCGAAACUGACGAAGCUCAAGCGCUUACGAAUCGUUGCAUGUCGCAUUAAUCUGCAAAACGUGCAUUUGCCAGCGCUCCAAUCGCUGGUUCUAGGCUCGUCAGAAAUCCCUGGAACUUUCCUCGAAGGGAUGGAAGGUUUGAUGGCAUUCUAUCGGUUGCGGUCACUGACGCUGGUGAACGUUAAAAUCUAUCCCGAAAUGUUACAGCUGACACCGACUUAUAGCGUGGAACGCAUGGUUCUCUCGCAUUAUCGCAGGCUCGAAGAAACCCAUCUGCUUAUUCUAGUCAAACGUUUCCCCGCAAUACGGUGGCUUCGGAUAAGCCACUGUCAUGGAGUUUAUCAACGUGAGAUCGAUAAACUAAAGCGAAUGUUACCAAAAUUGGCCGUUGCGUUCGAUGAGGCGAAAAGUGAUAGAAUGUAG